AUGGUCAGCCCCACCAUGUUCUUUGACAUUACCGUCGAUGGUAAGCUGUUGGACUGUGUCUCCUUCGACCUGUUUGCAGACAAGUUUCCAAAGACAGCAGAAAACUUUCAUGCUCUGAGCACUGGAGAGAAAAGAUUUGGUUAUAAGGGUUCCUGCUUUCACAGAAUUAUUCCAGGGUUUAUGUGUCAGGGUGGUGACUUCACAUGCCAUAACGGCACUGGUGGCAAGUCCAUCUAUGGGGAGAAAUUUGAUGGUGAGAACUUCAUCCUAAAGCACACAGGUCCUGGUAUCUUGUUCAUGGCAAAUACUGGACCAGACACAAAUUGUUCCCAGUUUUCCAUCUGCACUGCCAAGACUGAGUGGUUGGAUGGCAAGCAUGUGGUCUCUGGCAAGGUGAAAGAAGGCGUGAAUAUUGUGGAGGCCAUGGAGUGCUUUGGGUCCAGGAAUGGCAAGACCAGCAGGAAGAUCACCAUUGCUGACUGUGGAUAA